AUGGCGCGUCGCGGCCGGCCACGUUCCGCCCUUCAAUCCGGCCUCGCCGCGGCCCUCGCUGCUUUCAUUGCCCUCGCGGCGCUCCUCGCGGAAACCAGCGCGUUAACGUGCGACACGGAUGUGCAGUUCAAAAGCUCGGGUGGACUCUUAGGUGGAUUGUUAUCGUCAACGUUUUCCAGCGUUAAGAGCGACCCUCUGUGCGACAACGUGAAUCGCGACAAGUUCGCCAAGGGGUCGCAAGUCUCGGCGACGAUCGCGUGGGGCGCAAAGAGCCGCAUUAUCAAUAUCGGCAACCCCACGUGCAACGCCAUCGCCUUCCACUCCGCGCGGGACUGCGCGGGAGGCCCCGACGUGACGUACCUGCGCCCCCCGUCGAUCCCCGACGACACCAAGUGGACGCUCAAUGCCGCCGACCUGCCAGCGUCAGUGCGAUGCGAGAGGGAAUGCAGUGGGGGUUGCGGUGAGGUCGCUCAGUGCACUCUGAGGGACGACGGCACAUCACAGUGCGUGUGCCCGGGGAGCCUCUCUUUCAUCACCGCUACCAAGACGUGCCAAGAUCCAGCCAAGCCUUCCACGCCAGUGUGCAGUGAGGAUUGCGGUGAGACGGCUAAGUGCACUCUGAGGGACGACGGCACAUCACAGUGCGUGUGCCCGGGGAGCCUCUCUUUCAUCACCGCUACCAAGACGUGCCAAGAUCCAGCCAAGCCUCCCACGCCAGUGUGCAGUGAGGAUUGCGGUGAGACGGCUAAGUGCACUCUGAGGGACGACGGCACAUCACAGUGCGUGUGCCCGGGGAGCCUCUCUUUCAUCACCGCUACCAAGACGUGCCAAGACAUGGAUCCGUGUGCGGCUACCAAGUGUACGGCGAAUGCGGUGUGCAGUGCGAAGACGAAUGGCAAGGCAAAGUGCGAGUGCAGCACAGGCUUCGUUAAGAAGAAUGGCAUUUGCACUGCAUUCUGCAAGCCUACCUGCCCCAUUAACGCCAAGUGUGCAGUGGUGGCUGCGAAGCCCACAUGUCGCUGCGAGAGUGGAUACACCAUGAUGAGGAAGAAUAAGAAUAAGAAGAACAUCAGCAAGAGCAAGAGUGACAUCAAGUGCGUGCGUGUGACCCGGAGGCGCAAACGGGGAGCUGGACGAACUGCCAAGAACACGGUGGGAGGAGCACCUG